AAUUUUCAGCAUACGUGUUGUCAUGUGACCUACAUUCAGCCAUCUUGUGGAUACGAAACGAGAGACGCCACUCGCACACAAACUCAGCGCUGUCAGUAAAAGCAGAGACUUUCAAGGAAAUGGCAGAAACCCAGACGCUUAACUUUGGACCUGAAUGGCUCCGCGCCCUGUCUGGUGGAGUGGGUAGCAGCAGUGUGGCCUCCCCUCCGCUCUCACCCGCAUUGCCAAAGUAUAAACUUGCAGACUAUCGCUACGGGAGAGAAGAGAUGCUAGCACUUUAUGUAAAGGAUAACAUGAUUCCGGUAGAUCUUCAUGAUAAGGAAUUUCUACCUAUAUUACAAGAGGAGCCCCUGCCACCAUUGGCAUUAGUCCCAUUUACAGAGGAGGAACAGAGAAAUUUCUCCAUGUCUGUAAACAGUGCAGCAGUACUCCGUCUGACAGGAAGGGGUGGGGGCACGGUGGCAGGGGCACCCAGAGGCCGAAGUUCUUCACGGGGACGAGGGAGGGGCAGAGGAGAUGGAGGGUUUUACCAAAGAAGUUUUGAUGAUGUGGAGGGAGGUUUUGGCCGCGGAGGGAGAGAGAUGCAUCGCUCCCAGAGUUGGGAGGAGAGGGGAGACAGAAGGUUCGAAAAGCCAGGUCGAAAAGAUCCAGAUGGAGCACCAGCCCAUUUUCCACUCAAUCACAUACGGGCAAACUAUGAGGAUGCAGGUGCAGGUAACACUCGCAAACACGAGUUCAUUCGCUCAGAGAGCGACAACUGGCGCACGACUCGAGAUGAGCAGAAUGGAGAGGAUGAUGAUGGAGGCUGGAGGCUUGCAGGUUCUCGUCGGGAAAAUGAACGAUGGUGUCCUCCAAGUCCAGAUGGCCCACGAUCAGCAGGGUGGCGGGAACACCCGGAUCAACGUCGGCGCUUUCCUUUUGACUCAAGGGAUGAGGAGCGUGUCGGUUACCGUAGACCUCGGUCGGGCAGCGGGAGCGUAGAGGAGGAAAGGGACAGUUUGCCAGAAUGGUGUCUGGAAGAUGCAGAGGAGGAGACAGGGACAUUUGACUCUUCAGGGGCCUUCCUCUCACUUAAGGUGAGGGCGUGGGAAAAAGCUCCUAAGGAGCCGAUCCUGGAAGAGGCGGAGCUGGACUUCAGGCCACUGGAGGAGAAUGAUGAAUACACAGAAAAGGAUGACAGUGAAUCAGAACAAACCAAAGAUACUGACACAGAAACUAGAUGUGAAAGUGAUCGAAAUGAUGAAGGCAGUAAAUCGGAAGAACCAUCGCCGGUUUCCGUACCAUUUCCAGCUGUGGCAACACCUCCCAAGGCUGCAACUCCGGCACCCCUUCCGUCUGUGAACCCGGAACAGGCUGAAGAAAGUGAAAGACCGCUGGAGAGGAUGACAAAACCAGAACUCAGACCUGAACUCAGUAAAGCACCACUACACACAAACCUACCAAACAGCAUUGUGGAGGCCAUUUCCAUACCACAUGUCACAAACACACUCCCAGAUCUUCCGCUUUCUACUACUUCUGUGCUCCCCGUUCAGUCAGUGCCCACUCAAACCCAGCAGGUCAAGCCUCUGGAGAUGCCAGUGGCGUUGGCUCCUGUUCUCCCCCACUCCACGGGCAUUGUGGGUCCUAUCAGCCGGCCCUCUGCACUGCCUUCUGAUAUGGAUGAGGAUGAGGGACUCAAGCACUUUGAGCAGGAAGCUGAGAAAAUGGUGGCAUACCUGCAGGACGGCGGUGUGGACGAUGACCGUUUGGCCACCAAGAUUGGUCCCAAACCCACAGCUCUUCCCAUUACCCAUGAGGCUGCAUUCAAAUGGUUUUACAAAGAUCCACAGGGAGAGAUCCAAGGACCAUUUAAUAACCAGGAGAUGUCUGAGUGGUUUCAGGCGGGCUAUUUCACCAUGACCUUGCAGGUGAAGCGAGGAUGUGACGAGAUGUUCCAGCCCCUGGGAGAGAUGAUUAAGUUGUGGGGGCGAGUGCCCUUUACACCCGGCCCCACACUACCUCCCAUACUGGGAGAUCCAGAUCAAGAGAGGAUGAAGAGACAACAGGAGAUUAAUGCUCUAAAUAUGUAUCAGCUACAGCAGCUGCAAUAUCAGUACUUACUCAGGCAACAGUAUGCUCUGGCUCAGCAGAAAGUUUUAAGCUCUGCUGCUCCUCCUCCUCCUCAACAGCAGCAGCUUAAUCUUCUCCUCCAUCAGGCGCUCAAGAUCAGAACAUCAGAGCCGCAACAGAGCCUCUUACCUCCCGUCACACGUUCCAUGUCCGUUCCAGACUCGGGAUCUGUUUGGGAAAUGCAGAACCCUUCCACUCAGGCAUCCUGUUCUCCAAACAUGCAGCCCACCACUCCCAGCACAUGGGAAGGGAGUAGCGUAUGGGAUCUGCCUCUAGACUCCAUGCCUCAAGCGUCUUCCAUUGAACAGAUGCAGCUGGAGAAAGCCAAAGCUUUGAAGCUUGAGAUGGAGAGACGGGAGGCAGAGAUUCGGGCCAAAAGGGAAGAGGAGGAGAGGAAGCGACUGGAAGAGGCACUGCGUGCCAGACAAGAGGAGGAGCGGAAACGUUUAGAGGAAGAAGAGCUGGCGCGCCGCAAGCAGGAGGAGGCUCUCCAGAGGCAGCGGGAGCAGGAGGCGGCGCAGCGGCGGCAGAAAGAGGAGGAGGAAAGGUUAGCUCAGGAGGAGGCCCUCCGUCGGCUGGAGGAAAGGAGGAGAGAAGAGGAAGAGAGAAGACAAAGGGAAGAAUUCCUCCGCAAGCAGCAGGAAGAGGAGCGGCGGAAACAGGAAGAACUGGAAGCUCAGAGGCGGCGUGAGGAAGAGAAGAGGCUAGAAGAGGAGGCAGCGGCUGCAGCAGCCGCAUUGGCAAGGCAACAGCAGGAGGAGCAGAAGAGGAGAGAGCAGGAGGCGCAGAGGCAGCAGGAGCUACAGAGGCAGCGGCAGCAGCAGCAGGAGGCGCUCCGUCGACUGCAGCAGCAGCAGCAACAACAGCAGCUCGCACAGAUGAAGCUUCCUUCAUCCUCCAAGUGGGGCCAACAGUCGACCACAGCAAACACCCUGUCUCAGUCUCAGAAUGCCCUGUCGCUUGCUGAAAUCCAGAAGCUGGAGGAGGAGAGAGAACGACAAGCACGAGAGGAGCAAAGACGACAACAGCAGGAGCUCCAGAGGGCCCAGCAGCAGCAGCAACCUCAGGCGAAGCUCUCGGGUUGGGGCAGUGUGGCCAAGCAGCCAGCAGCCACCAAGUCCCUGCUGGAGAUCCAGAGAGAGGAAGCGCAGCAGAUGAAACAGCGAAAGGAACAGCAGCAACAGCAGCAGCAACAACAACAACAACAACAGCAACAACAACAGCAGCAGCAGCUACAACAGCAGCUGCAGCAACACUCAACCGUCACUCAGCAGAACCGAGUGGCUCUAAGUACAUCGGUGUGGGGUUCUGUCAAUAAUGUGGGCUCGAACUGGAUGAUGGACAGCAGUGUCUGGGGUGAUGCUCAGAACUCUAAUAUUGGCUUCUGGGAUGAAGCAGUAAAGGAGGCCGGCCCGCCUCAGGCCACACGCAAGAGCCACAAUCAGAAAAACAAGGGCAACGCUAACCUCAGUAAUAGCAGCAGUGGUAAAGCAAGUAAAAAGGUGGAGGAGGAAGAGAAGCUACUGAAACUGUUCCAGGGAGCCAAUAAGAAUCAGGAUGGCUUUAUGCAGUGGUGUGAACAGACUCUUCACACUCUCAAUACAGCCAAUAACCUCGAUGUUCCCACCUUUGCAUCGUUCCUGAAGGAAGUGGACUCGCCGUACGAGGUACAUGACUACGUUCGAGCCUACCUGGGCGACACUCCACAGGCCAAGGACUUCGCCAAGCAGUUCCUGGAGCGGCGUGCCAAACAGAAUGCUAACCAGCAAAAACCUCAGCAGGGCCAGCAGCAAAAACAGCAGGACUCUGUUUGGGGAAUGAGCCAAGUGUCACAGUCAGUCUUGCACCACCAACAACAACAACAGCAGCAUCAGCGUUUUGAGACAGUCACUUCCGGCAAGAAGAAGAAGAAACAGAAGAUGGUACGGGCUGACCCAAGCCUUCUAGGUUUUUCUGUCAAUGCCUCAUCUGAGAGACUCAACAUGGGCGAGAUUGAGACCGUGGAAGACUUUUGAGGCUGCUGAUCAAUAGGCUCCCCCUACCAACAGCUGCCCUUGUAUUCCCCUCAAACUUUUUCCUCUUUUCUGUUUCUUUUUUUUUUUUCUUUUUUGUAUUGCCAAUUCUCUGAUUUGGAGUAGAUUAGGGGCAGCAAGUUUUUCUUCCUCCCUAAUCCAGAGGAAACCACAGUUGCAAUAACAGCGCUGCCCCACGGCCACGAAAAGAACCAAAAACACACAGCCCUGAGUAAAGGAAGAGAGAGGCUUGCAUCUGCAGGAGAGGAGUCAACCGAUAGCGUCUGCUCACGAUUAUGCUCAUCUCCCAACUGAUGUUUCUUUAAGCAUGAAUAUAAGGAGUGCAGAGGAAAAAAUAUUAUGUAUUAUCCCCAUUACAACUUCCUUUUUUAAUUUAUUUGUUCCUUCCCUCAUUCUUUUAGUGUUUUCCAUUUUCUUCCCUUCUCUCCUCUCCCGCUUUGCUGCCCUCAUGUUGACGGACGUCGAAAACAAUAUAGGACUCGAGGAAAUGUAAUCAACAGUGUCCUGUUUUAAGGACAUGUUUGAAAGUUCCAGACACUUAUCCAUUUCUUUGUAAAAUACUAGGCUGUUUAAAGAAUAAACUUUCAAUUCUGCAUCUGUAUUAUAAUAUAUGGAAAUGAUGAA